AUGUCUUUCUCGGAUUUAACUCGAAUUGCGGAAGAUCCAAAUAUUUUAAAAUUGAUUAUGAAAUAUCAUUCGACCGAGAAAUGUUACCUAGUGUUACAGUAUGCCAAAGAUGAUACUUUAAGAACCUAUUUACAAAAUAACUUUGAAGAUCUUGAUUGGAAAACCAAAAUUAAUAUGGCUCAAGAUAUAACAAAUGGUUUAUGUUAUAUGCAUGAAGAAAAUAUAGUCCAUCGAGAUUUAAUAUCAAGUGGAAGACCUCCAGAUUUAGAAAUAACUUCAAUAGUAAUGUAUGGUAAAAGAGAAACACCCAUUAAUGGAAUACCAGAGGGUUAUAUCAAAAUCUAUUCAAAUGCAUGGAAAGAUAAUCCAGAGCAAAGACCAACUAUAGAAGAAAUUCGUGAUUCUCUUAUUAAAGAUAUUCAAUUAGAGAACAUAUAUAAUAGUUCUAACGAAAAUAAUCAACAUAUCCAAAUAGAAGAACCAACUCUUUCUCUUAAUUCUUACGACCAAAACUGGCUCAAUAAUGAACUUAAAAAAUAUGGUUAUAAUUUUUUUGAAAAUUUUGAAGAAAUUAGUGAAAGCAUUCACAAUGCUACACUAAUGAAUGGUAAAAUGGAAGUGACUUUAAAAUCUAUCGCCGUUAAUUCUAUGGAGCUAUUUGUUAAUGAGUACUCAGAUCCAAUGAUUCUUGAAGUAGAGGGAAAAUUUAGCAGAACUAAGGAAUCUGGCAUAUAUAGUGUUGGAAUUUUACUGUGGGAAAUCUCAAGCGGAAAAAUUCCAUAUGAUUCAUAUUGUUGGAAUCAAGACCCUAAUCAACGCCCAAAUAUUGAGAAAGUUAUACAAGAUCUUGAACAUGUUGAAACACUUGAUGGAUUAAUAGACGAAUCAAUGCGCGGUCACGUCGGAAAUAUCAGCGAUGAAAAUUUUGAUCCGUUAUUCUCUUUGAUAGAUCGUAUUGAGGUUGCUGAACACUCUACUAAGUCUUUAAGACGUAAAAAGCAAGAGAAUGCAGAAAAAUUUUCCGACGAAAAAUAUUAUCGUGCUUGGGUAAUAUUUACCAAUGUACUGAAAAAUAUUAAAGACUUUGCUGAAGAUGUAACACAACUGUCAAUGUUUCGAAAAUAUUUAAAUGCUAAUGCCGUUAAAGAAGCAUAUGAUAAAAAUAUUGAAGAAUUUGAUGCUGUUUGCAAAGAUUUGCAAUUUUCAUUUUUAUGA